AUGGCCUGGGGUCGCUGUGCGGUCCUGCUGCUGUUGGUGGUGGUGGCAGCGGCGGUGGCAGCCACUCUAGAGCCAGGGCUGGGUCAGCAGACACAGACGGAGCCUGGUCUUACAGGCUUGAGACACAGCUACAACUGUGGGGCCCAGAACAUGCAACUGUGGGUGCUCCCCAGACCCGGCAGGGCCGUGCGUUUCAAGGUGGUGGAUGAAUUUGGAAACCGUUUUGAUGUGAACAACUGCUCCAUCUGCUACCACUGGAUCACCUUCAAGCCUCAGGGGGCCGUGGUCUUCUCUGCUGAUUACAAAGGCUGCCAUGUGCUGGAGAAGGAUGGCCAUUCCUACCUCACGGUGGUUGUAGAAGCUCUGCUACCUGAUGGCCGAGUCGAGGCCACACAAGAUGCCACCCUGAUCUGUCCCAAGCCUGAUGGUUCCUGGACUCUGGACUCCCACCUGGUGCCACCCACCCUAUCUUCACUUUCUCCUCCUCAUAGUCCUGCCCUCAGCCCCUCCCCUGGCCCCAACCAUGCCUUUCCCAGUCCACUGUAUCCAGAUCACAGCUCCAUCCCUCUAACCCCUGCCUCUUCAUCCUGGGGACCUGGACCCACAGACUCCUCCCUGGCUCCAUCCCAGCAGAGCAUGCUGGGACAUGGGGAUGUUGACAAGUCAGCUUACAUAGGUAACUACCUGACCCAAGAGCAGUGUAGAGUGGCCUCUGGACACAUCCCUUGCACAGUGAUGAGAAACUCAAAGGAAGGCUGUCAGCAGGCUGGCUGCUGCUAUGACAACACCAGAGAGAUUCCAUGUUACUAUGGAAACACAGCUACUGUCCAGUGCUUCAGAGACGGAAACCUCAUCCUGGUGGUGUCCCAAGAAACAGCCUUGGUGCACAGGAUCACGCUGGCCAACGUCUACCUGGCCUACGCCCCCACCAGCUGCCCCCCUUCCCAGAAGACUGAUGCCUUUGUUGUCUUUCGAUUCCCUCUUACCCACUGUGGAACCACAGCCCAGAUUGUUGGCAACCAGCUCAUCUAUGAGAACCAGCUGGUGUCAGACAUGGACAUCCGAAUGGGACCCCGGGGCUCUGUCACAUGGGAUGGGGCCUUCAGGCUUCACGUCCGAUGUGUCUUCAAUGCCAGUGACUUCCUGCCCAUCCAGGCAUCCAUCUUCCCACCCCCACCACCUGGCCCCCUGCACCAGUCUGGUCCCCUACGGCUGGAGCUCCGGAUCGCCAAGGACAAGACCUUCAGCUCCUUCUAUGGGGAGGAUGACUACCCCAUCUCAAAGCUGCUCCGAGAGCCAGUCCACGUGGAGGUCCGGCUCCUGCAGAGGGCAGACCCUAGCCUGGCCCUCAUGCUGCACCAAUGUUGGGCCACACCUGGCCCCAACCCCUUCCAGCAGCCUCAGUGGCCCAUCCUGUCAGACGGGUGCCCUUUUGACAGUGAUGGCUACAGAACCGAGAUGGUGGCCUCAGACCAAACACUGCCCUUCCCGGCUCAUCACCAGCGCUUCACUGUGGCCACUUUCACCUUUCUGGACAGGGGCUCCCAUAAGGCCCUCAGGGGACCGGUCUACUUCUUCUGCAGCUCAUCUGUCUGCCACCCCUCGGAGCUGGAGACGUGCUCCAUGUCGUGUAGCCCCGGGACUGCCCGACGGAGGCGGUUCUCAGGUGACCACAACAACACAGCCAGGCCCUGGGAUAUCGUGAGUUCACCGGGGCCAGUGGGCUUUGAGGAUGUUAGCGGGCAGCUGCCUACCCAAGGGCCCACAGGCUCCAUGAGGAACUCUAGCUCCGAGCUUCUCUGGGUGGUUCUUCUUCUGCUGGCUGUUGUCCUGUUCCUGGGGGUUGGCAUCUUGGUGGGUCUGAGCCAGGCCUGGGCUCGGAAGCUCCAGAAAGGCAGCAAAGGGUGA